ACAAAAGGUACGCACUGAGAAAUUGUUUUGAAGAAUAUUUAAUGCCAUGUAACCACGUGUCACAUGAAAAAUAUUUUCCAUCCAUAGGGGGCCAGGGUCAGACUACUCGCUGAUGUUUCAUUCGUGGAAGUGACAUGGAUCAGAUAAGAUUCGGCAUCCUUCUUAGAACUAUUGUUUUGCAGUGUUUUAUCAUGAGGAAUGUGUUGUCUAUUCAGAAAAGAGAAUGGGUUGAUACCCCAACAUCAAAAUUAACAGAGGGAGAUGUGGCAUGUUUCUCUGAAUACAUGGAGAUGUGGAUCCACAGUGCGAGAAUUGAAGGGUUGGGAGUCUGGCUGUCUGGGGCCUUACGAAUGCAAAUCAACCUUGCAUCUCUUGAUCGCCUAAACCUCCAGCUGUCUGCUUGUGGAUUCUCGUUGCACAAAGACCCUGACAAGAACUUUAUUUUUAGAGUCAGUUACACUGGAUGUUUUGUCCAGGAACAGCAUGGCUUCCAUGUGCUUACACUGAAUUUGGUGAAGAGGAUAAAUCGAUUUGGAGGCAGACCUCAAAAUUUCAUAAUGACGUGCCCCGUGGUUUCUGUACUGCUCAACAGAGAGAAAAUCCAGUGUGACUCAGAGUAUAUUCAGGUGAUCAGACAACUUCCCUAUGACAACUGGAAUAAUGAGUUGCAGUGGUCUCUGUCUUUGAGCGAUCACCUCAUUGUAGCUCUGGAGGAUGCCAGCCUGAUCCAGAUGAACAUUGACAGGAUUGGACCAGACAUUGCAGUCCAAGGCAGGAGGAGGGAGAUCUUGAGCCCUGUAAAGGUAAUAGAAAACGAAGGGGAAUUCUUGGCCUUGAAGCUGGUCAGUGGUCAGUAUGCCUACAGUAUGGAAGCUAUGUGUCCAAAAGUGACUGCAUCCACAGCAGAGGAGACUGUGCUGCACAUUGUCAAACGACGCAUGGGCUUGAUCAAACGAGGCAGCUACGACAGUGAAGGACUGACACUCAGUGAUGUGUCAGUGAACCAGACAGAUAAUUUCACUGUGCAUGAGACGAGUGAAUUUGUGACACUGAUCAUUCCUACAACCCAAAUACUCCAGACCAAGACCUGUGCAGACAGCAGACAUCUCCUACAGUCGUUCUACAGGGUGGAUGUUGUGCUCACCUUCAAAGAGACAAAUCACAAAAUGCAUUGGACCAUGGAGAACACACUGCCAUGCACAGCUGGGUCUGCUGCAUCCUCCCCUGGUCCAAACAUCACAUCCAUGCUUAACUUUAAAAAUGAGAAUUUAACUACAGAACAAUUGUUGCUGGACAGCUAAAUUAGUUCACCUCACACACAGACAGAGGGCAGCAGUUUUAACAUUGAAGAGAUGUCUGAGAGUCAAAGCAGGAAUUUAUCUUCUGGGUUUGAUGGUGACGCUGUCAAUACCUUUAAUGCCACUGGAACAGAUUUGUCUUUCCACAUAACAGUUGCACAAGAACAAGAAUAUCAACAAUUCAACUCUGCCAGUGGGAAUAAAGAGCAGCAAAAGUAGAGAAAGCUAAAGUGGAUUUGGUAGGAUUAGA